GCGUGUCCUAUGUGGUAAGCUUCGACCCUGCUGUCUCCCUCGACGGCCACGUGCACCGCGUGGGUCGUUGCGGGCGUGGGGGGAGCGUUGGGCGUGCCUUCGCCUUCCUUGGUUCCGAGGAUGUGGCAUAUGCGCAGCUGCUGCAAGAGUCCAUGAAGUCUGCCGGGCAGGCAGUGCCUAACGAU